AUCACUUGCAAACAUUUUGGAUCUAACUAAAUAGCUAUCCUCUCUCAAACAUGGGAAACGUCAACAUAUCUCCGGCCUCUUGCUUCCAACUCUGCUCAUCGCCCAAAUCCGUCUCACUCAUCUUCUGGGACGGCACAACCACCGCCCUCACCCCCUCCCGCCGCCGCCGCGGCAAGCUCAUCGCCGGUCAAAUCAUGGUAGAACAUCCCGACAAGUUGGUGUGCAACUCGGAAUCCUUCUUCCUCGGCCACCCGAUCCCCGCCUUGUCCAUCCACGACGAGCUCUUGCCCGGUCAAACCUACCUCGUCCUCCCCGUUGACCUCUUCGCUUGCACCAAAGUCCUAAGCGCUUCCUCCCUCGCCGCCUUCACCGCCGCCGCCGGAAGCCCCAAUAAUAACAAUAAGACCCCGCUGGUCAACGGGUGCCAGCCGCUUCAGUACCUGAAGGGGUCGGACGGUGGCGUUUUGAUCAAGGUGGCGCCCGAGUUCAUGAUCAGGCUUCUGGUCAAAGUUGGGAGAGGAGAAGAAGAAGUAAACGGCGGGGAUGUUAGCAACGGUUUUCUUUGUAGCACGCCGGAGCUGAAGAAACAUUACGAGCAGCUGGUUGGGUGUAGAGAGCAAAAAUGGUCGCCAAAGGUGGAGACGAUUUCGGAGUACAAAGUUCGGUACUCGCCGUGCCGGUUUAUAGGGUUGGAGUGGAAGCAGAAGGAGGAGCAGUAUUUCUCGUAGAUCAUUAGGGCUUUGUAUUUGCCGUCGAUCUACUUGUGUUGCGACAUUUGGAAUCGUUCUUCUUCAAUUCAUUGAUGUUUGGCAAGUGUACAGAAAAGAAUAUAGAGAAAUACUUUGUUAGGUAUUAUUAUUGGUUAUGGUGGUUGGACAUGGAUAUGUAUAUUGUAUAAUACUUUGAAGUUCUGAACAGAUAGAUGUAUUUCAAAGCAUUAAUAACAUAUGGAUUUCUGUAUGCUUACUUAGUAGUUCCAUGACAACAACCAUAGAAUGAAUGAAAAUCCCUUUCGUAUAUAAUUCGUACGAUUAGGUCUAGUUCUAAGCGUAAUUGAUACACUAGAAAGAACACGAAAAUUCUCAUUGUGUUUUUUCCUGAACAUCGAGAUUCAGUGGUACUGAUCUCGUAUUGGUAUUUGCGUACUUGUAAUUGUUUAUUGCAAAUUUUGUUAAAUUUUAAUGAUGUUAUAACGUUUUCAAAAUUUUCCUUACUGCUAUUGAUUUGUGCAAUGAAGUCAUGGUGGUAUAUAUUAUCAAAAGAGGUUGGGGAUAGUGAUGGAAAUUUGAAUUCGUUUUGUCAGGUACGGAUCGAAAUACAGUACUGAAGGUUGUAUCGGAAAAGUUAGCGGUAGGAUAUUUUAUGCUAAAAUCAUAGUUUAACGGUGGUUCAACCGCUUCAUAUCGCUAAAAACAGCCUGCCGAUUUAGCCGACGAUAGGAGAUUUUCCUGGACGAACCGUCGGUAUGGUACGGUAUUUCAAUCCGUAUUAUUCAACUACUCGAUCCGGUUCGUGAUGAGCGGUAAUAUGCGUCCUGCGUAGGACAGGGUAUGGAUACUACUUUCACUCUGUACAUCCCCAUUUUGCAUUGUUCUUGACCCUGUUAUACAUUGAUUUGUCCCGACAUUUAUUUUUAUUUAUCAUAUUUUUUAUAAAGCACUAGGGGUGCUUUGUUUGAUCAGAAUACACAGCUCGGAACUCUUCAACGAAAGAUAAAACGGAUAGGUAGAAUUUCGCCACAAUCAAGUUGUUUACUUGAUUGAUAAGAAAACUCAUAAACCGAUUCUGGAAUCCUCACAGAAAAGAUUGACAAGGGUUCUCGAAUUAGCAAUGGAAUUUCUCACACAACUUACUCAAGGGUUUGAUUCUUGAGAACUCUCAAAGAACACAAUUCUCACAAAGGAGCAAUUUUCAUUCAACUAAAACUUGGAUGAUUUACAACGUGAAAUUGAAAGCUAUUUAAAGACAAUAAAAACCUAAUACAAACCUAAUAGAACUAUGAAACAAUUAUGUUAAAAACAAACUCUAAAAAGGACUCAAAAGUCGGCCAUAAACUCUCUUUCUUCAAGCACAAGCAAGCUUCCUUUUAGCACAAGCAAACUGUCCAAAAACAGUUUUCGUACUAACUUCAUGACAUUCGUUCGAGGCCUUCCUGAACUCCAAUCUUUCAUCCAAUUCCUUCCCUUUGUUCAAAAACAUAUCUAGUUUCAUUUUGUGGAAGCCUUUGGACUUGAAUCAGAUCCAUGCUCCUUUAAUUGAGCUUCAAAGUAGGCUUCACAAAACAGUUUUCUGCCUUAGUCAUUUUCUGGCAGUUUUCCAGUUUUGAGAUAGCAACUUUGAGGCCUUGGAAAACAACCUUAACGACAUCAUCUGGAUCCAAAAAGCAUAUCAUUGGAAACAUGGCAACUUUAUAUUUAAAACAAACCCAACCAUGCCUCCAAAGUAGGUACCCUGAACACGGAUUUUGACUUAGCCAAAUUAUGCCCUUCUUCCCAACUUCGAUAGCUUCUUCGUCAAGUAAAUUAAACGUGUAUAAUGGACCAUUUGGGAUCAUAUCAAUUUUUACUUAUAUUAACUCAUUUUCACCGAAUGAUACUUUAGAUAAUUCAGUCUAUUCAGUUAAAGUACUGCAUUCCAUGAUUGAUAAAUUUCAGGCUUAAAU